AUGGCCACCCGCCCCUCAACCACAGCCAUGCAGGCUGUCACUAUUCCUCGCCCGCGCUCACCGCACCCUGACCCCCGGGUCGAGAAGCUCCUCCGCGAGAUUGAGGAGGCCGAAGCCCAACUUGGCGUCGACCAGGGCGGAAAGCCCAAGGACGCGGACGCCAUGUGUAAGCGCCAUAUCGACCUUCUACACGAGUAUAACGAGGUCAAGGAUGCGACGCAAUCCCUUAUCGGCAAGUACGCCCAGCUCACGCACACGACUGUCACGGCUGUGCACCAGCAGCUCGGCCUGCCUCUCCAUGACGAGUAG